AUGAAAGUAACACUUCCAAUUUUAUCGGUUUUUGUAGCCAUUUCAACAUUAUUUGGAGACGAUGUCAAAGCAUCACCACUUCUUGAAAGACGCGCAGUUAAAGCUAAAUUAAAUGACAAUCCCGGAACUUAUGAAGAGGCUGGAACUUCCGGUGUAGAAGCUAUGCAUAUGGUUUUGACCGCACCGAAUAGAAUUGUUUUUAUAGAUAAAGUUAACAAGAACCCACUUACACAAACAAAUGGAGAUCCAGCAAUUUCAACAGAGUUUGACCUUAACAAACAAACAAAAAGAGUUCUCGAUCUUAAAACAAAUACUUUUUGCUCUGCCGGUUCUUUUAUUAGUGAUGGGACUUUAGUGCAUAGUGGUGGAACUGGUGCAGAACAAAACACACAACAUAAAAGUGGAUUUCAAAGUAUAAGAUUGUUAAAGCCAUGUCAAAAUAAAAAGUGUCAAUGGAGUGAAAAUAUUAAUGGAUUAUCCACAAAACGGUGGUAUCUAUCAAUGAUUUCACUUUCGGAUGGAAGAGUGCUUAUUCUUGGAGGUUCAACUAAACCUACUGGUCUUAAUAACGCAAAGAUUAAUAAUCCUACUUUUGAAUUCUUUCCAUCCGAAAAGAGUACCCCUCAACUAUUCCCUUUCCUUCAAGAAACGUUGCCAAGAAAUUUAUAUCCAGUUGCCCAUUUAUUAUCUGGACCAGCUAAUCAAAAAAGAUUAUUUGUAUUUGCGGAUGUUAAAUCCAUAAUUUGGGACUGGGGAACCAAUAAAAUUGUAAAGAGAUUACCAAAUCUUCCUGGUCCAUCAAGAUCUUAUCCAUUUACUGGUGCAUCGGUCAUUUUGCCAUUACGUCCUGAGAAGAAUUAUGCAUCAAGAAUAAUGAUUUGUGGUGGUGGAAAGGGUACGGACUUUAACACUGUCGCUGACAAUACUUGUGGUACUAUUGAUCUUUCAAAUCUUAAUAAAACUGAAUGGAAGAUGGAAAAUUUUGGCGGGUUUCCUCGUGUUAUGCCUGAUGGUGUUAUGUUAGCUGAUGGUAAAGUCAUGUACUUGAACGGUGCCGGUAAAGGUAUUGCUGGUUUCAAUAGGUUUAACAGUAGUAGUAAUACGGUUACAACACUAGUAGCCGAUGACCCAGCCACCAUACCAGUCCUUUAUGAUCCUGAAGCAAAAGCCGGCCAAAGAUUUACUAGUCUUUCAGAUGCUGGUAUUGCUAGAAUGUAUCACUCUGUUGCGACAUUAAUUCCUAAUGGUAAAGUUUUCAUCAGCGGUAGCAAUCCCAAUCCAGUUGUUAGGACUGGUAAAGAUCUUAAAUUCCCAACUGAAAAUCAAAUAUACACACCACCAUACUUUUUUAAAGAUGUUCCAGGCCACAAAAUUACAUCAGUAGCAGGCAAAACCUCACUUAACAAAGAUACAGCAAUCCUUGUUAAAUUUAAUCAAGUCGUCAAGGUUCUAGUAGAAACCACCACCACCGAUGUGGACUUUACUGGAGCAUUAAUACAUUCUGGAUUUGUGACUCAUUCAACACACAUGUCACAACGAUAUGUUGCUUUAAAAAUCAAAAAAACCUCAUUAACAUCUAAUGCUGCUAAAAAAGUUUUUACAUUAGAUGUUGUAAUGCCACCAAAUGGUAAUAUGAUGCCACCAGGUAGACAUCAUUAUCUUUUCAUCAAUAAUAAAGGUGUACCAGCUGCCACUGCCAUUGAAAUUAAUCUCCAAAAAUAA